UUGGACAAUAUUCCGUUGGUGGGGUGGGAGCGACCCGACCGAUGUGAACACACUGUGCUAUGACGAAUGGUCUGCCGGAUCGCCUAGUGAAUUUCGACUUUUCCCCGGUUUUCCGCGAGCGUUUGGUUUGUUUUUUUUUUCUGCCCGUCGCAACCGCGCUCGCCGCGUCGGGCCGGCCCUGAACACCACCGCACCGUACGCACGGGCUUUUACGCCGACCCACACGGGACACCUCCGCCGUUACACGUUAUUUAUUAAUUUUUUUUUUUUUCUCCAACGUACGCACACACACACACGUACACGUACAUUCACCGAUUUCGUGUCGCCAUUUUGUGUGUUGCGCCGCAGUGUUGUGCGCUCGUAUAGGGCAUAUAAAAAUUCUUAGCAGCUCGUUACCGUUCCGUGCGUUUUUUUUUCACGCGUCCCGCCGCCGAGACUCGACGUCCGUGGUGGUCCGGCCGCCGGGCGACAACGAUACGGGACGCGCGCCGCCGACUGGACUGUGCCGCCACCGCCGCCGCCGUCGUCGUCGCGUACGUGCGAGCAGCGCGGGGUGUGCGCGUCCGUCACAGAUCCGCCGCGGCGUAGAUAACGGCCGCCGCCGCCGCCGGUGAUAACGAUGCAGAGGCCGCCGACGACGACGACGUGAAAUGCUCGUGGACGUCCAGCGCUGACGAGCAGCCAGCGCGCGCGUUCCUCGGGUGUACACUCCGUGUGCACGUUCGUGGCCCGCGUGGUCCAUCGCCGCCACCACCGCACUCGUCGUAACUCAGCACACGCUCAACGCGCCCAGUAGGUAUGGCCAGCGUCCUGAACAAGGAUCCGGCCUGCUACGCUAAGGAAAAGGCCAGCUUCCUGAGGGACCUCCAGCACUUCCACGACACUAGAGGGACACCAAGCCGUGGAUCACCGAAAAUUGAUGGGAAAGAUAUUGAUUUAUAUCUUCUGUAUGUGCUAGUCACUGCUCAAGGAGGAUGGGUUAAGGUUAACCAAAGAAAUGAUUGGAAGAAUCUUUUAGAAAAUUUUGAUCUGCUUUCGUCCUGUGUUAAUGCUGAAGUUGCAUUAAAACAAAUAUAUUUAAGGUACUUAGAUCGAUAUGAAAAAAUUAAUUUUUUGGGUGAAACUGGAUCAAUUGCUGGUGAUGAUGAUGAAGAUAGCAGACAUAAAAAAUGGUCUGCUAGAGCUUUGCAUUCUGUUCCUUUGGUCUAUAAUCAUCACCAACAUACUGUUAAUGAACAAGUACGGUCAUUUCAUGGUUUAUCAACAAACCUCUAUAAAGCAAGUGAUUAUGAAAAAUUGUCUUUAUCUCUAUUAUCACCUUUACCUAAUGAGCAAGACCUAGCAAUUAAUGUUUGCAUACUAUUAUCAAAUGAAAACAAACAUGCAAUUAAAUUAUCCAAAUGCCCACAAAUUCUCCAUCAUCUUUUAGCUCAUGCUGGAGUAUUUACUCAUCCUGCUUCACGUAAGUAUUGGGAGGAUUAUUAUCGAAAAGUACGAAAAUGGUCAAUAAAGUCAUUUUGGAAAGAAGUUCUGGAUGAACAAGAACUUCUGUAUUUGACAGAUGAAAGUCGAUUUUGUGCUCGAACUCCAAAAACUCUACCUCGUAAAGAUGAUGAAUCUAGUUCAUGUAGUGAUGAUGAUGAUGAUUAUAAAAAUAAUAAAGUGAAAUUGAAUUUUGAUCCAUCUGAUGAUGAAUUGUUUGGUCUCAAAAGGCCUCCAGGAACAGAUGAUCCGUAUGGACAACGGGUUUAUCAAGUAGCACUAAUCCUUAGGAAUUUAACAUUUUUUGAGGAAAAUAUGAAAGUUAUGGGUCAAGACUUAACCUUCCUAAGAUUUGUUUUAUUAUGUUGUGCAACAAGAUGGAACUGUUUACACCAAAUUGGAUUUGAAAUGUUGGGUAACAUAGGUCCCGUAGUGCCUCUUGAUGUUGGUUCUUUACAGCAUGCUACAUUAAAUAUUGUCUGUAAAAAUAUUACUGAAUCUAAUGAUCGUUCCAUUAUUCUAAGUGCGGUUGAGGCGCUAAAUCGAAUGGGCACAAAAGAAUCAAACGAAGAGUUUUUAUUAAAAAAUAUUAAUCAAAAGGUAUACGACAAAAUUUGUAACAUGUUAUCCUUACAUGAUAUCAUGUUGCUAAUACAAACAUUGGAAUGUUUGUACUCAUUAAGUUCACUUGGUGAACGUGCUUGUAAUGCAAUUGUUCAUGUACAUGGAGUUAUUGAUACUCUGGUUUCUUUAAUAACUGUUGAAGCACAGACAUAUGGUCCCAAAGCAUGUAUAUUGAUGAGAGUUAUUGAGACUGUUACUACCCCUUCAACAACAUCAUUUUCAGUUGAAUCUACACCAAAGACACAUUUAAUGGCAGCCCCAAGUGUUCCUCCUUCACCUGCUAAUGCUACCCAGCACCUCAUUUCAACUUUCACAUCGCAAAAUGUGCUUCCUCUACCAACACCAGCAGUUGCUAAUCCUGUAAUUUUACCUAAUGCUCCAAGUGCUGUUCCAGUUAUGUCUACGACUCUUAAUACUUUUACGUCAGUGACACCAACUGGACCUCCACCAGUGCAAUCUAUUGCUACUCCCAAAAUGAUGGUUCCAGUUACUAUGACUGUUACGACCAAUUCAACUGUAGUAUCUACAAGUCAAACUUCACCCUGUAUUCCUCAGGCAGCCAAUUUAAUUCAACAAGAAAAUGAACAAUUUGCUUUAAAUUGGAUACGUGCUACACUUGAAGUAUGUCCUACUCCUGGACGAGGAAUUGAUCAAGCUGAAUUAUAUAAGUUAUACAUGACUGCUUGUGCUAGAGCUGGUAGAAGAGGAGUAAUUGCUCCGCUUCAUUUUCCACGUUGUGUCAAAGCUGUGUUUGGACCGGGUGUUGGACCAAAAAGUGUUAAACUUGCACAGAGCCAAGGUGGAAUAGCAAUGGAUCCACCUACUCAAAUUAUUGCCUAUGAUGGAAUUCAGGUUCGAUCAAAACCAUUGUCGUUCCCAAUCAGUGCACCAAUGGUUAUGUCACAAUCUACAUCUGUAACAGCCUCAUCCAUUCCUACCUCACCCAUCCUAAAAGCACAACUCAGUGCACCAGCUACUAAUGCCCAACAGAAUUCUCCUUUAAUUAAACGUGAAAUUCUUGGAAAGACCCUACAAAAUCCUGUUUCAUCUACAAGUGUUGCUACUGAGACAUCAGUCAUUACUACCGCUGCAUCUUCUACUGUAUCUCAAACUGAAGGAUCUUUAUUAUCUAAUAACAACACAUCUUUAAUUAAAACAUUGUUAGCUAGCAAGGUAUGCGAUCCAAAAUUGAAUGUGCCUUCUGCGACCAUUAAACUUAGUAAUAAUGAGUCUUGCACGUUAUAUGCUUCUUCUCAAAAUUGCAAUUCUACUGUUAUUACUGAGGUAACGCAACGUCAACAACAACAAAAAAUAUUACAACAACAAAAUAAUUCUUCUUCAACGUUAGCUUCAGCAUCAUCUAUAAUUCCUAAGCAAAAUGCUAGAAUUAACGGUAUUAAGACUACAUCUUCAGAAGAGAUAUGUAAAAAUGAUACUGGUAUAGUUGUUACUAAGUCAGAACAUCACCAAUCUGUAAUAACAACAAUUCCUUCAAGUAAUAAAAUAUUGGUCAAUAGUUUAAAUAAACUAAAUGAUAAAGAUCAUAGUGAAUUAAUUAAAGUGGAGCCAAAAAAGGAAUCUCUUCAAAAUGGAACGCCAGAAGUACCUGAAAUUAAUGAUAUUACUUCAAAGAGUGUAAUGUUAUCAGGACUAUUAGAUAAAGUUGAUAAAGAUAUUGAGAAAAAAGAUGCACCAUUUUUAUUUGGGUCAAUACAAGUUGGAGACAAUGGACUAGAAUUAAAUGGAGCAUGCUUAGACACAAAAGAUAAAUCAACAGGUGCUUGUAUUCAAAUUAAACAAGAAGCAGAAGCAGAUAAGUCUGGUCAGGUAGUUAAAGUAAUUGUUGGUGGUAAACGGACAUCAGAAGAGAAUAUUCCUUGUGAUCAAGCACCAAAAAAACCACAUCUCAAUGGUAAUAGUAGUAGUAACGAUGAAGAAAUCAUGGAAGUUGAUGAAAGUAACAUGAAAGCUUCUUCGACUGCAGCAAAUCUCUAUGCUGCAUUAGCAGCUGAUGUGUUAGAAGAUAUUGAUGGACUUGAAGAUGAACCACCAAAAACUGUUCCUCAACAACAAAUGCAAGUUAAUACUCAGCCUACAACUCAACAAAUAUUCCAAACUCCGGGUCAAAUAAUUGUUUCUUCUUCUAAUACCCAAUGGCCAUCAAAUAAUCAAAGAGGUAUUGUAACAAUGGUCCAUCAAGGUAAUACAGGAGGGCCACAAUAUGUGUUAGCACAACCACAGUCUGCUCUAGUACAAGGUCAAGCUCAAACUGUACUUGUAGCCCAGACUACUCCUCAGGGUUCAGGAGCUAAAACUAUUAUAAUUCUUCAACAGCCGUCUGGAAAUAAUAAUCAAUCACCUAACACAAUGACUUUAAGUCAAUCAAACUUUGUGCAAUCAUCUUCACCAGCUAAUCAAUCUAAAGUGAUAGUACAACGGAUUCCAACUCCUCCUACUAUUAAACAAACCACAACUAUGGUAACAAGACCUGUAACACCUGCCACGUCUAAUACGAAUAAACAGCAAAUUAAAGUCAUAAAAACUGUACCUCAUAUUGUGUCUGCGUCUAUGCCUACACCAUCUGUCCAAACCAGGAUACGCACAACAGCUCCAGUAAAAGUUAGUGGUGAAGUACAUACUACUACCAAUCAAGGUCAGUUUUUAUGUGAGUGGAGAGGGUGCAUGCGUAAUUUCAAAUCUGCCAAUGAAGUUUACAUGCACGCGUGUGAGUCUCAUUGUCCUUCAAAUGGUGUGCAAGAAAUGCAGUGUUUAUGGGAACGAUGUGAUGCUAUGAAACGCAAACGAUUUUCAUUAAUGACACACUUGUUUGAUAGACACUGUAAUCCCGAUGUAUUAAGAAUGAUGGCAGUUAGAAGGAGACAGCUAUCUCAAAGCGGUCGCAGUGAAAUUCCAGCACCAGCCCCACCUACACCUCAUCCAGGUUAUGCACCUAAUGCUGCCUUUAAUGCCAUUAAAAGACAUGCAUUAGAAUUUGUUAAUCCCAAAGAAUUACAGCAAAGACUAGUGAGUGCAGCUGGAAAUCAUCAAUCGGCUAGCAAUGUCGAUCAGGAUGAUAAUGAAGGUCCAGUAACCAAGAGCAUACGUCUUACAUCAGCACUAAUUUUACGGAACCUAGUCAUUUAUUCUUCAACUGGAAGAUGGCAUUUAAAACGUUAUGAAGCGCAUCUGUCAAACAUAGCACUGAGUAAUGUUGAAUCAUCAAGAACAAUUUCACAGCUCUUAUUUGACUUGUGCCAUUCUAGUUGACCACAAACAAAAGAUUAAGUUAACUUACAUAGCAAUUUGUGUAUAUAUCGGACAAAAUCUAUGUACUAAUAAUCAGCAAUAGUGUAAAAUGUUAUGUACAUAUAAAAUAGUUUUAACAUUUUUCUCCCUCAAUAACAUUUGACUAUCGACUUAAAUGUCUUCCAAUAAAAAAAACAUAAACAGUACUUAAAUUGACGAGUUAAAUUGGACUGAUUGUGUUCUUCUACUUAAAACUGUUACACAAGUUUUGAAAUAUAGUU